AUGGCUGGCAUAAGCGUCGAUUCGGCGGACGGAAUGUUCUUUGAUAUCAUGGCAAGCUUCGUUGCUGUGCUGCUGAUGGUUUACGUGGUUGUCUUCGUCCUACUGAUGCGGAGAAUCGUGUCACUGUGGAUGGAGAAAGACCCCGACAGACCUUGUGCUUUUGUGCUGGAGGACUACGUUGAGGACGUUUCCUCCGAGCAAGCUAUCUGCAGCAUCUGCUUGUGCAGCGACCGUGGCUCAAGCAGGACGAAGUUGCCUUGCGGGCACGUUUUCCACAAGGAAUGCUUAACACAGUGGUGGUGCAGGUGCAAGUCCGGAAACGCUCACUUGUCCUGCCCCUUAUGCAGGCGAACCUACGGCGUAGAGGUCCUCAGCCCUUUGGACGAGACCUCGCGCGGAAUCUGUGUGGAAAGGCAUGCCGCACCUUGA